GAAAAAAAAAAAAAAAAAACAUAUUUUCCUCCUCGUCCAUUGUUCCGGGAAUGCAGCCCACCCUCGUUAUCUCUUUUGACACCCUUCAGCGAAUGCGUUGGCGCUUAACCGGUGAAUUUGGGGGUGCAAUUGCGACUGGAUGAUGACCAUCUCCAUCCAGUCACGACACGUCUUGCUUCAAUAUGGUUGCAUCCUACGUUCUCCUUUGCCCCGGCUUUACUCCAGCUUAGCUGAUUGUAUACUCCUCUUUGGUAGCAGAGCCUCAUCUCUGCUCUACAAAGUGCCCCCCUGAGACAUUGACUAGAGAGAUGCUUUGAUACGCCCCGAUGAGCUUAAAGGGGACCUGGACUUCCUCCAAUCUUUCCAAACUCUAUGCUGUACUCUCCACAUGUAUUAUCAUUAUCACUGCCUCGCCAAAAAUCCCUUCUCCAGCUGGUGAUAGCUUACCCUCUCACACACUCAAGUGCACUGCAUGCCUGUUAUAUGAUCCUUUCGCCAAUCAGCAACGUCAACAUCUACGUGUAACUAACAUGGCUUCUCGCGUCAAGUCUAAAAGUAAACGGAGUAGUGACAAGCGCGAACAUUCGUCGCAUAGCAACGAGACUGAGGCCGAGUACUACGAAUAUGAAGAAACACCCCCUGCACACAGCGGCCAAUAUUCAGAAGCAUACGAAGACCCUACUUACACCACCCACACGGACUAUGAGGGCCAUGCGGGCGGCCCAGGCAUGACACCUCGCACCACGCACUCUAAGGAUGAAGAUCUGUCGACGUCGUAUGAGUUUGAGGGGGCCCAUGAUGCGGGUCCUCAUGAACCCACCGAGGCUCUGUCAAAAAUGGCGAUAUCCAAUGAAACAGCCUAUGCGGACGGAAACGAAGCUCAGGGAGAUGAGUUUUACGAUGACCAAUAUGGAUCCACGAGUAAGGGAAAGAACAAGGAGACCGCUGGCGAAGAGGAAGAGCACGACUAUGAAGAGCCUGCCGAAUUGGAGGCACAUACCAAACCAUCCAAGCAGGUGACAUUCGGGGAGACAAACGACUAUGAAGGCCAUCAGUAUGACGGCUACCAAGCAGAGGACUACGACACUGGAAGGGAGGCUAGCAAGAGAGAGUACUACUCGAUGGACACAGUUGGAGAGUCAUCGACUGCCGCGAUCAAUACCUACCAGGAAGUUGACGACGUUCUAGCCAAUGCUCCCAAAGGGCCUAGGAUUUCAGGAUCAAAGCAACCUCGCAUUGUAGAUUCUCGAUUUCUAAGAUAUGAUUCUUCAGCUUUCCAACCUGGGAAUGUGUUCAAGACUGUGUGGGCCGAUCCAAUGGGAGCCCCCUCGGGACAUUUCACCUCUUUUGUGACAGCGCAUCAAAAGGGGAAAGAGAUUCACGUCUCGACUCGUCGCUUCAUAAUCGUCGGGAACACGGAUAACCAGUCCUACUGCGUACCAAUUUUCACCUAUGGUAAGCAAGGCUGCAGGAAGAAUGGAGUAAAGGCCAACAGACACGGCAUGGUCUACAGUGGCGAUGUGCCGCCCGCGCCGCUCAAAAACGAGCCAGAGCUCGGCCAUUAUCCGGUGCGGGUGUACAUGGGGCAGGGGAACCAAGACCUGCUGGACGAAUCGAGAGUCAACUACUCGAUUCUGUGCACGGUACAGCACAACGUCAAGGCCAUGUUCAUCGGUUCCAUCACCCCGGAUGAUUUGGAGAACAUCGUGCAGCCGGCCGUUUUCUCCAUCUUGAACGGGGCGAGAGACAAGUCCUCCAAGAGCUCCAAGAGCUCCAAAGAACGUCGCAAGGGAAAGUAAAGCCUUUGCGAUACCUCCUUCCCCCCUCUUUACGUUUACAUCGCCACAGGCGCCUGUCGUGGUGAUUAAAUUUGGCCUGAGCUCCCCCGAUUCCCUUAUCAGAGGGAUGAGGGAAGCAGGUUAUUUCACGACUCUGGGAACCCAAUCAACGUUUAUUUGACAUAUGGUUCAAGGAUAUGGACUUACGACAUAACGACAAUGAUUUUAACUUUCUUACUAUCGUGUAUUCUUUGUUUCUUUGUUUUUCUUGACUUCCAAGUUUCUUGUACCGACCCCAGCAACACGGUGGAUGACGAUAACGACGGCCGCUUUGCGAAGAAUAGCAACCAGAAACGACUCUCAUGGGCUUUUUUCUUCUUUUUUUCUUCUUUGAGAUGUUGACCAGGUAACAAGGUUAGUUAGCCUCAAGGGGACAUGCUUGUUGAA